AAUCCACAAUAUUAUUAUUUGCAGUGCCUCACAUUCUCCGAGUUUCUUUCAAUGGAAGAAGAAACAGAGUUGAUAGAAGAAGAAGAAGAGUUGUAUGAGCUCCAUUAUUCGGAUCUAAUGCUUGUUUCAGAACAACUAAGCCAAAGCAGGCAAAUCGGAGAGAUAAUGAAAGCCCUAGGGCCCACUGGCCCAGGCCUGCUCUCAAUCACUGGCGUUCCCAACCCCACCACCUCUCUCCGCCGCCAUCUCCUCUCUCUGGCUCGCAACCUCGCUCUUCUCUCUCCUGAUCACCGUCUUCGCAUCCUCAAGGAGCAUAACUUGGGGAGUGAUGUUCCUUUGAAAAAUCCAGAUAGAAGUGUCUCAUCUUUUGCUAUGCAACUCAGAUACGAGCAAGGUCUGGAAUCUGUUCAAAGUAAACCAAGUCAUAGUGUAGAUACCUUAUUGAGUUCAGAACAAGAACAUCUGGAUGUUGGUACAACGGAAGAAAUUCAUGAUAUUGAAUUUAAAAAUCUUGGAAAUACUUUUAGAAAGCUUGGAUUUUGCAUGAUGGAUCUAGGGCUUCGCAUUGCGCGUAUAUGUGACAAGGCCAUUGGUGGGCAAGAGCUUGAGCAAAGCUUAUUGGAGUCCUGUGCAGCUAAAGGGCGUCUUAUACACUAUCACUCUGCUCUGGACAAUCUUGUUUUAAGUGAAGCUGGGGAGAGCAAGGCAACCACAAAAAGACAGGCAAAUGGUAGAAGGGAUGAUAAGAAUUCCACAAGGAAUCGACAAGGUCAAUCAAAAGGUGUAGUUAACUUAGAUUCAAAUGGUAGUGAAGUUGGAUCCAGUGGAAUUCAUUCCAAUCUGUGGCAGCAAUGGCAUUACGACUAUGGUAUCUUCACUGUUUUGACAUCUCCCUUAUUUCUUUCCUCACAAGCAACAGAACCAAAUGAUCCAUUUUCAUUAUCCUGCAAUGAAGAAUGUCCAUCCCCUAGUGGCCACACAUAUUUGCAAAUUUUCAAUCCCUACAAGAAUAAUGUCUGCAUGGUGAAGGCCUCUCCUGAAAGUUUUAUCAUUCAGGUGGGUGAAUCGGCUGAUAUCAUAUCGAAAGGGAAGCUUCGCUCAACCCUUCACUGUGUCUCUAGACCUUCCAAGUUGGGAAGUUUGAGCAGAGAAACCUUUGUUGUUUUCUUGCAGCCUGCAUGGAAUAAAACUUUCUCAAUCUCAGAUUAUCCUAUGAAACAAUUUAUGUCAUGUCAUGAGGAAACAAAUCAUUCUGAGCAGGACCAUAAUAAACUAACUCAAGAAAUUGGAAAAAUAAUUCCCCCUCUAUCAUCACGAUUAAAGGAUGGGAUGACAUUUGCGGAAUUCUCACGUGAAACCACCAAGCAAUACUAUGGUGGCAGUGGUUUGCAAUCUAACAGAUAAGUAGUUCCUAUGAUAUUCUGCAGAAUGCUAUUUUUAUUGAGCCCUCUUUCAAUAUCUAUCCUGCAAUUGCAUUGCUGAUUUUUGGUUUUCUUUCCAGCCUAAUGUGUAUUUCUGAUUCUAUUCAAUCUUUCUCACUUCUUUACACAUUCGUGUUGUUUGUAGCUGUCUAGUUGCCCCAUUUUUAUGUGGAGAAAACCAUUUUAUAUAUGUUGCCUAAGAUUUAAAUAUAUUAAAAAAAAAAAAAAAGGUGGGGAACCCCUCAAGGGAAUGCUUCCCUGUUGCAGAAACUUCUAGUUUCA